AUGCCGUUUAGCACACAUCAAGAGAUUGACGAGGCAAGUCCCGGCUCCCCCUAUUCACCGUCAACAGCCUCAACCCCAGCCGUCGAUGCCGCCACCCAGACGUUCCAGUCCAACGUGACCAAGCCGCUCGAAUGGCGCAUUAAACAGCUCCGCAAGGCCUGGUGGAUGCUCGAGGACAACAAGGAGCGCAUCGUCGACGCGCUCAAGACGGACCUGCACAAGCACCGACAGGAGGCGCUGCCCAUCGACGUCGUCGGCGUGCAGUCGGCCAUCCUCGAGGCCCUCAAGCACAUCAAGUCGUGGAACGCCGACGAGCGGCCCGCGCGCACCAACCCGCUCAACUUCCUCGGCGGCGCCCGCAUCCGCCGCGAGCCCAAGGGCGUCGCCCUCAUCAUCUCCGCCUGGAACUACCCCUUCAUGGAGCUCUUCGAGCCGCUCGCCGCCGCGCUCGCCGCCGGCUGCACCGCCGUGCUCAAGCCCUCGGAGCUCGCCCCGGCCUCGCAGGACCUGAUCGCGCGCAUCGUCCCGGAGUACUUGGACCGCGACGCCGUGCGCGUGGUCACCGCGGGCCCCGCGGAGAUGGACCACCUGCUGGGCCGCAAGUUUGACCACAUCUUCUUCACCGGGUCCACGGCGGUGGGCAAGAUCAUCUACGCGCGCGCGGCGCCGACGCUGACCACGGUCACGCUGGAGCUGGGCGGGCGCGGGCCGGCCAUCGUCACGGCGAGGGCGGACGUGGACCUCGCGGCGCGGCGCAUCGCGAAUGUCAAGUUCCUCAACUCGGGCCAGGUCUGCGUCGGCGUCAACCACGUCUUCGUCGAUCCCAAGGUCAAGGCGCCCUUCCUCGCGGCGCUGGCCAAGUACUUUGACAAGUACCUCGGCGGCGGCCACGCCGCGGGCGCCUCGACGGUCAACCCAGGCCACGUCACCAACAUCAUCAACGACCGGCACUACAACCGCCUCGAGGGCCUGCUUGAGAAGUCCUCCGGCAACAUCAUCUAUGGUGGCGGGCGCGACCCGGCCACGCGCUACUUUGCGCCGACCGUGGUCGACAACGUCACCACGGACGACGCGCUGCUGUCCGAGGAGCUGUUCGGGCCGAUCCUGCCGGUGCUGGACGCGACGCUGGACGAGGCCAUCGCGUACACGGCGGCGCAUGACCACCCGCUCUCGCUGUACGGCUUCACCGAGUCGACGGCGGAGCGGCGCGCGAUCCUGGAGCGCACGCGCUCCGGCGGCGUCACCUUCAACGACGGCGUGCUGCACAUGGCCAUGAAGGACGCGCCGUUUGGCGGCGUCGGCGCCUCCGGCACGGGCGCGUACCACGGCAUCUACGGCUUCCGCGAGUUCACCCACCUGCGCACCGUCGCGGCCAUCCCCGGCUGGGCGGACGCGCUGCUGUCCUUCCGCUACCCGCCGUACACCAACGCCAAGGCGCUGGCGCAGAUCAAGGCGACGGGUGGCGGCGCGACGGUGCCGUUUGAUCGCGAGGGGCGCGCGACGACGACGCUGCUGGGGAGGAUCCUGGGGCAGUGGAAGCUGCUGGUGCUGCUGGCGGUGGUGCUGAGGUGGCGCGGCUGGACGCUGGACGACGUGCGCAACCUGGUCGGGUGA